AUGGAUUCCAUAUGGAUUAUACCGGGGAAGCGGCGGCAGUAUCAACUCGUUGCCAAUGCUGCCACCAUGGUGAUGAGCGACUCAUCAACAGGACCAGCCCACUGCCAACACAAUUUAACCCACCGUAUUCUUAUGAAUACAUAUAAUAUUUAUGCAACACUGAAAAAUGCAAAGGUACUUGAAUGGGAGACUCAGAGGGCAGGGCAGCCUUGGGAUGAAAUCUUCCGGCGCUCCGGCGAGAUAACGGACUGGCAUCUGACGUUAUGUUGUGUACGCCGGAUUUUCGUUUUCGCUUCUGGUACAUACUCAUGUGCAAAUGACUUGAGCAACACAGGAUGGGAUGACAGGCGCCGUAACAACAGCCAGAUUCUGAACUCUUAUGGCCCUCUACAUUUCAGAAAAAUGGGGUUGAAAAACAACGGGGGAAUAUUGGAGCAGAGGAACGUGCAUACCCAUCUUCGUUUUGUCCUCACAGGCUCCUUGAUGGUCACAAGCUGGGCUGGAUCUGGUGAGAAGGGCUGUGCUGCAUCGGGAACAGGGAAGCUGCAUCCCAAAAAUCAACAAAGUCUUCGUGUCAAGCCCAGCACUCUUGGCCUUCUUUUGAAGCAUCUGCGCCAUUGCUGCGUCGAAGAAUGGAUUCGUAUGGAGUCCAUUGGCGAGAUGUUCACACUGGGGGAUCAAAGCUUGUUAUGGACUUUCUUUGAACAUUUCUGCCAAAUCAAGCCUAGUAAGAAGCUCCUCCCUCACUGUUCUUGCUUCUUUGGCACCAUUCUCCACCAGGCCCAGUGCAAACCACUUAAUCUCAGUCGCCCUGGCAACGCGCUGCUCAAGGGAAUAAACUUCACGUACUUCACGAACAGGCUUGAGAUCCUUCGUCGCAUUGAGAGGGCGUUGCAAAAACUGGGUUGUUGUCAUCGUUGA